CGGCUGACUCGGCCUUUUCCGCCCGCUCCCCCCUCCCCCCCCAAGCGCCGCUCCGGCUGCAUCGCGCUCACACCGAGCUCCGGGCCCCCGCAGCGCUAGCGCCGCCGCCGCCGCCUCCCUCCUUCCGCCGCCAUGAUCAUCUACCGGGACCUCAUCAGCCAUGAUGAGAUGUUCUCCGACAUUUACAAGAUCCGGGAGAUCGCAAACGGGCUGUGCCUGGAGGUGGAGGGGAAGAUGGUCAGUAGGACAGAGGGUACCAUUGAUGAUUCACUCAUUGGUGGAAAUGCCUCUGCCGAAGGUCCUGAGGGUGAAGGAACAGAUGCCACUGUAAUCACUGGAGUUGACAUAGUAAUAAACCAUCAUCUGCAAGAAACUAGUUUCACAAAAGAAUCCUACAAAAAGUACAUCAAAGACUACAUGAAAUCAAUCAAAGGCAGACUUGAAGAGCACAAGCCAGAUAGAGUAAAACCUUUUAUGACCGGAGCUGCAGAACAAAUCAAACACAUCCUUGCCAAUUUUAAAAACUAUCAGUUCUUCAUAGGCGAAAACAUGAAUCCAGAUGGCAUGGUGGCUCUCUUGGACUUCCGUGAGGAUGGUGUGACCCCAUAUAUGAUUUUCUUUAAGGAUGGUUUAGAAAUGGAGAAAUGUUAACAAAUUCAGCUGAUUACUUUGAAUCACCUGUCAUCAUAACUGACUGCUGCUUUUUGUCAAGUACACAACACCAGGACUUGGACAAACUUGGACUGAUGUCAUCUUGAGCUUUAUUCAUUUAUUUUUGACCUUGAUUUAUUUGGAGUGGAGGCAUUGUUUUUAAAAACAUGUCAUGUAGGUUGUCUAAAAUAAAACGCAUUUAAACCCA